ACGUUGAUAAAAAAUAUCUUACUCUACAUCCUUCUAGUAAUGCUGGCUCAAAGCAACUAUCAAGUUUACGGAUUUGAUGCCAGUGAUUGUCCAGUAGAAAUUCAAGUUCAAAGAAACUCUGAAUACAUAGCUAAUAUUGGUAACUCCUUGAUCAUAUACUGUCCAGUCCGUUACUGCAAGGAAAGGCCCUUCAUCCAGUGGUGCAAGAUAGAGGCGCAUGGAUGCGUGCUGCUGGAUGACAGCAAAGCAGAAUGGAAUUCCACUGUGUUUACUCUGAAGUUUUUUGCCAUUCACCAGAAUGAUAGCGGGAUGUAUCGCUGUCAAGCAGCAAUGGGCAACUUUUUAAGCAAGAGCAACGAAAUAAAGGUUAUUGUUGAAGAAAAGUCUGAGAACAUUAUCACAACUUCAUCAGAAAAUACCACUAGUAUCUCAGAAGAGUCCCAGGAACCUGGAAAAAACAAGAUAUUGCACAUUAUUUAUUCUUCAGUAUCCGUCAGAAGUCCAGCAGCUGUUCCAUCCCACACUGCUGGGACAACUCAAGCUUCAGAUGAAAGCUCUUUGCUUUACCACUCCACGGCUAGUCCACAGCAGCUCUUGCAUGCCAACACAAUUUAUGACAACGAUGUUCCUCACUGGAAUGCUAAGAGGACAGCAUCUAAUGCACCUAAUGAUCCUUCCUUCCCAGCUUCACCUGAAAGCCCAGAUGUCCUCAUAUAUGCUACACUAAAUCAUUCUGCUUCUGCAGAAAAAUGCCAGAGAAGGGAACUGUCUGUAGAAAAUGAAUUUACAGAAUAUGCCUCCAUUAAUGUAAAUAAAUAA